AUGAGAGACCCGAUUUCUUCUUCCUCCUUCUUCAUCAGAUCGAGAAGGCAUCAGGCGACCGAGAAGGCAUCGUGGCUGGUCUUAAUCUGUUCUUCUCUUCUUCCUUAUUCCGUGGAUACUGUUGGUGUUGUUCUCAUGGAGGGGGUUCCUCCUGAUUUGGAACCUGAUGAUGUUAUUAUGAAAAAAGAAAGGGGAAAAAUGUCUGGAGUGAAUUUGGUGGAUUCCCUUUUGGAUGCUGGAUGUGAUGCGAUUUCUAUUGAGAAUAAGGGCUUGGGAUUGUCGAAUGGUUCUGAGGGUGUUGUGAUGGGAUCGAAGAUUUCUUCUAAAGUGGUUAUGGCUGAUAUCGCUAGUUCUCCAAUGGUUAAUCAUGUCAUUCGCAAUCCCAUUAAGGAGGAAGGAGUGACAUAA